UGAGUUCUGACGCCAUCCGAUCCAUUGAGGGGUUGUCGGCCCCAACCCGAGUCUUCCAGCCCCGUCCUCUGCCCGCCGGCUCCGUAAAUUUACCGUCACAAUUGGCGUAAAAGCGUACAGCAUCGGGGGCAGUCAUCGUUUAGAGGGUGGAAAGCGGGAUCUGGUGCGAAGCAGGCGCUACACAUCGUUGUCCGUGCCGAAUUGUCAACUUGGUAUGGCGGGGAUCUCCACAAUGGAUGCAGAAACCCAAAAAGAAGCGGAGAAUUCCUUUCUGCUUUAGCUGUUUCUCGAUUUACUGAGGAGUUAUUUGAGUGGUAGAAGGAUUUGUUUGUUCCCCAUCUGCAAUGGCUUUUCCUCCUAAUUUAGCUCCUGAGAUCGGGCCCGAUGGGAUUGCUAGGGAAUCACCUGUCAUCGCAUACACAGAGAAGAUUAUCUUGGAGGAACAACUUCAAGUGAAGAGAUACAUUGAAGAAAACUAUUCUAAGAUUCGUGAUGUUGAAAAGGAGCUAGCAAACCUUUCUAUGGAGAUGAAACUGACAGCUGGUCCAAAGAAGGCAGCUCUUGAACACUUGCGGAAGAAGAUUGAAUUGGCAACCGAAAGGAUAAGAGCUGCAAAGUUGAAGGAGGAGCAAGCACGAAAGGUUUGGGAAGCAGCUGCCGAGGCUUUAAAGGAUGAAGAAGCAAACAAGGAGAAGCUCUGCAACGACCUCAAUCAGCUGGUCCAGGAGAGUGCAACAACUCAAUUCUCACGACUGGAAGAACUUAAAAGACGACUUGAAGCUUUGAAUCCUAAUCGAGCUUCUACCUGCGAUCUUCCUCCUGAUGGUAAGCAGGUGCAACAGCAACCCCUGGACAAUAAACUGGCCUCAAAUUCUGCUUCUGCAAAUAGUGCCUCACCUGUGCAAGCGACUGGCACAGCAGUUCAGCAGAGCAAAGCUACAACUGGCAAUGGAAAGGAUGGUGGCAACACAUCGAACAUGGCUACUUCAGAAGUCGAUGGUGACAUGAAACAGAAAAAGAAGCCUACCAAUUUUGGAAGAGGGAGGGGGAAUUUGGUGCUACCAAAAGGUAGAGGCACUCCACAGUCUGGCUGGACUGGUGCUGGAUUUGAGACGUGAAACUUUCAUGGAGGUCUCCACAUACCUUUGGUUGGACAAGACCGUGCUGAGAAUCCCCGAAGCAGUUUGUUCAUGGUGCAUGUUCUUCCCAACGUGAACAGAACCUACACGAAUUCAGCUAAAUCUUUUACCAUGUAUUCAUGUAACAUUUUUGGUGUUUCCUAUCGAAGUUGGAUGUAGGUGGUAAUUGGAAAAUAAGUUGCCUCUUAAAAGCCUGGGACAUUGAUGAUGAUAUUUCUCACAUCUCAUUUCUUUUAUUUGUUAUA